AUUGCCACAUUCCAAUGGCAAUCUAAAGAGGAAAUGUGACGAUUCAAACGUUGUGAGUCGAUCACAGGACAAGGAAAUAUUGACGUUACCUCCACAGUCCGCAGUUUUACCUGUUGAAUUUCGAUCCUAGCUGUCAGCGGGUGGACCGGCGGUCGUUUGGUCAACUAAACGGCGACUAAGCGUGUCCAUAAUUGAUUUUAUAACCAAGCCCAUUUUGAGGCCAUGGAGAACUGGGGUCUCAUCCUCUUUCGGGAAAACCGACUUUAUCACAACAAGGAAACUGACAGCGAGGACGACCGUUUUACUCUCAUUCAAAUAAUGGCGCACGAAUUGGCGCAUCAGUUUUUCGGCAACUUGGUUACUUCCAAUUGGUGGAGUGACAUUUGGUUUAACGAAGGCAUGAGUUCACUCUUCGAGAUGGAAUUAACAGAUUAUGCAAUGCCAAACGACACGUAUCGUUGUGAAGCCGAACGCCACAAAUCCAUUCAAUCCGCCAUGAAAUUCGAAGAGGAGCGAACAGAACCGCUGACGGUCAUCCGACAAGUGGAGACGGCCGAAGAAGCUGAAAAGAUGUUUGAUCCACUUUCCUACAGUAAAGGAAGUGGUUUAUUCCUGAUGUUACGCAAUUUCGUUGGACAUGAGGAAUUCAGAAACGCACUCAUCACUUACAUGGAUCGCUAUCAAUUCCAGAGUGUCAACAGUCAAAAUUUCAUGGAGAUUUUGAACGAGCAACUGCACCAGGACCGCGAAUUUGGCCGGACGAUGAACGUCACGAAGAUCAUGAAUUCUUGGACCCAUCAGCCGAGUUAUCCGAUCGUUCGUUGCUCUCUGGCCGGCAACGGGCGAAUUCGGCUGUCUCAGAUGCCGUUUCCGUUACUCCGAAGCAAUUCAUCACAGGUCAAUGCCUUGUGGUGGAUCCCCAUCGCCAUGACGGAUGGCAGACGGCCAGAUUUCACCCGAGAAGGGACAUAUCCGAGAGUUUGGCUCACGCCCGAACGUCCGACUUUGGAGAUUCCUUAUUUCCCUCAGGUGUCGAUCCGAGACGGACCAGCAGAAGACCAAGAACCGGACACUUGGAUUCUCGUCAACGGCCAAUUCGCCAGCUACGGUCGAGUGUUGUACGACAAAGCCAAUUGGCGACUGAUCUCCAAUCAGCUGAUGCUCAAUCACACCGUCAUCCCGAAAGUGACUCGGGCUCAAUUGAUUGACGACGCUUUCACGCUGGCUGGAGCCGGAUAUUUGGACUAUCAAGUGGUUGUUGAACUCAUCGAGUAUCUGACUUUGGUCAAUGACGAGUUCGUCCAGUCUACCAGUUUAUUCCACUUGAAAUUGAUCCAGGAACGGUCGAGACACAACGAAUCGCUUUAUAAUCUGUUCAAGGAAUACACCAGUAGAUUCAAGUUCGAGAAAACCGACCAUGGAGAGCCGGGCGACUACAACGACUGGGUCCGAGUUGGUGAUCCGCUGGAUGGAGUUGGCUGCCUGAACUGGAGUGACGACGGUGUGUGUGUCGAUCAAGUCAUGCGCCUCUUUCACGCUCAAAUGGACGGCUCAAUUACCCCCGAAGAGAAAAAGGCUAUGACGGAACAUUUGGAGCGCAAUUGGUGUGCGGUGAUUCGCUACGGUGGUAAGGAAGAGUGGAACUGGGCGUGGCGAGCUAGUCUCUGCGACAUGUGGUCGUCACAGCGGACAAAAAUUUUAUCGGCCAUGAGUUGCAGUCAAGAUCGUGAUCGUUUGAAACAGCUUCUUUCGCGCGUGUUUUCGCCGACCAUCGAACAGGACCCGCACGACACGUUCGCCACCAUUGAGAAAAUGACGGAAAAUCACGUCGCUCGUUCCAUGGUGUUGAACUUUUUGGCGACCAACUGGGAGAUCCUAGGGCGACAUUUUCGUUAUAGAAGGUCUGGCGAUAAUUUGAAGCUGCUCACCUCCGCCGCCAAAUUUCUGAGUACACCAGACGAAUUGAAAGAGAUGUCCCAGAUUUUGUCCGACCUGGAAAAUAAAGACAAGAAACUCAAUCGCGCUUUCACGAACGGGAUUCUGGAGGGUAUCCGCAACAAUAUUCGCUGGGGUGAGAAGAAUUUGGAACAAGUCUAUUUGGUUAUCGAAUCUCGGAUAAUGACACGACGUUCGACAAAUUCACUCGCCAAGACUAACUGCAUUCCCUAAGCUGUUUUGCUGCUUGUCCUGAUUUAUUCAUCGUUUUUUAUUUUCAUAGUUUUUAGUUUUUUUUUACCGUUUGUUAAAUAAAUAUGGAAAUAUUCAGGUA